CAUGGUGGACACACGCCGCCGUGCCCCGCGCCCGCCCGACACCAGUAGUAGCGCGGCCCGUCGUCGCUCCCGGAUCUUCUCUCAACCUCCUCGCAACGUGACCGACGCCGAGCCGAGCCGAGCCGAGUCGAGCUCGAUCCGUCAUUGACAAGUCGGCGACGAAUAACCAACACAGCUGUGACAGAGUGUGAAGCAACAAUCGGCGAUCCCGAUGGCCGAGGGUGAUCGCCCGUUGCUUCGAGACACGGUGCGUUGUCCUCGCGUCACGAGAAGUGUCGUACCGAUCGUCACCGAGUGAUUUGCGCACCGAUGACACCGGUCGUUUCCUCGGUGAUAACUCUCUCCUCGCGACACGCCUGGGGACCUGUGCAUUAUGGGAUAAACAACCCCAAGAGUUUUCCGUCUCGUGGGCUGAACCGGCGAUAACACGGAGUGUGUCGGCAUGUGAUCGUAAUCGAAAUCAAACGUUUGACGUUACGCACGUGGAACUGUGUGUGACCGUUCCGUGUCGUCUUCGAUGGUGCACCUGUUAACUUAGAUGAUUUCACCGCGGACGACGGACUUUCGCGUCCCGAGAGACACCGAGAGAGUAGGAACAACGGGAACGCGAGUUUGGUAGCGAAAUAUCCAGGAGGAAAACAAAAACGGACACGUUGAUGAUACUGGACUACGUGCAUGUGCAGUGAUUACGCAAGAUCGGCACUCAUGUACGUUGACUUGGGCGGUGACACUUAUGCCGGAAUGGGAAUCAAGGCCAUGAAGUCCUUUGGCAGGUCCAGAGAUAUACCGGCGCAAGUGCCGCCGUUAACACCUGGGACCAACAAGAAGAUGACCGAGGCUCUAGAGGCCUCCUUCGCGUCUUGGGAAAAGGAACGACUCCGCCUGAACAUAACUAAAGACCCGAGGCAAUGGUCGGAAGCAGCUGUUGCCCACUGGUUGCACUGGGCUAUUGGGGAAUUCUCGUUGGAGGGUGUGGCGAUGCAGCCGUGGCAGCACAUGACCGGGAAACAGAUUUGUGCCAUGGGGAAGGAAUCCUUUCUAGCACGUGCCCCCGCCUUCAUGGGCGACAUCCUGUGGGAGCAUCUCGAGAUCCUGCAGAAAGAUGUCGACGCAGCGAAGGCCUCUCUGGAGAACGUGACGGCGAACUUAUAUGAAAGCGUUUGCGUGCCAGAUUUAAGUGAUUAUUUGGGAUACCAGGGUGGCGGCCAUCAGGUGGCAACACCAGAACAUAAAAACCCGCCAACGCCCGCCAAUUCGACCACCUCCAACUCCUCCGGUCCUCCUCAGAGCGGUACGCAACAACAACCCCCGAUACAACCCUCUUCGGGCGCGGUGUCCCUGCCAUCGAGACAGUAUCAUAACGAUGGCGGCUACAAUCACCUCCGUAGUCCCGUGUGCCAAGACGAAAGUCAAAGAGACGAAGCGUCGCCUCCACCCCACAGCCAUAGCACUCAACCACCGACCUCUCAUUCUAGUACCCCUAACAGUAAUAACAACAACAAUAACAACAACAAUGCCAACAACGCGUACAUACAUCUACGGAAUUUAAAUCAGCUCAAAACGGAAUCGAACUACAGCAAUCAUCACAUAACCGAGCAUCUUCAAGGCGGUGGCGGUGGCCUAGGCAGCGGAGGCGAACUCGCGGGUGCAGGUAACAACGAGAGCGACUUGAGAGUCAACGCGACCGCUACAGAAAAUUACAUGACGCCGGCGCAUUACUCGGGAUACGACGAGGCGUCCGAGUAUCACGGCUUGUCGCAAGAUCAUCAGGCACCUCAUCCGUACAACUUGGACAGCUCGUCGGAUUUCUACGGCGCCAGCGGAAUCCACAUCGAGCCAAAGUACCAACCGUCACCGUUCAAAAACUAUCCUCGAGGACGCUAUCACGAGGGUUACAGCGAGAGUGGCGGAUACGGGCAGUACGAUGCAACGCCAUUCCAAACGGUUCCCGGAAGCGGGAGCGGUGCUGGAAGCGGCGGCGUCGGCGGUGAUCAAUGGGGUGUCGGACUUGGGGAUCAUCUGCCUCACCCGUUUCUUGCGGGACUCGGACCGCGAGACUCAUCCAAUCCUCAUCAUCCCACAUCUAUCGCUAAUAAUACGGACCAAAAGCCGUUAUUGCAAAGCUCGAUGCUCACCGGUUAUCCAAGUGGCGGCCCACCAUGCUUUACUGGAUCAGGUCCGAUUCAACUGUGGCAAUUUCUGCUGGAACUUUUAACUGACAAAACGUGUCAAAAUUUUAUUUCGUGGACCGGCGAUGGUUGGGAAUUUAAACUGACCGAUCCGGACGAGGUUGCACGUCGUUGGGGUAUUCGCAAGAAUAAACCUAAAAUGAAUUACGAGAAGCUGAGUCGAGGUUUACGUUAUUACUACGACAAGAACAUUAUACAUAAAACUGCUGGCAAGCGAUAUGUGUAUCGCUUUGUGUGCGAUUUACAAAGUCUACUAGGAUACAGCCCGGACGAGAUACAUGCAAUGGUAGACUUGAAGCCCGAGAAGAAAGAAGAAGACUGAGUUUUUUGUUAAUGAACAUGUGCUUAGGACUGUAUCGCACAGAUAAACGAAUGUACUAAUAUAAAUUCUUCGCAUUGAACAUGCAAGAGAAAUGGAAGGAUGAAAUAUCCAUACGAUGAAAUCGCUAUGAAAUAAGUAUAUUCAGAUGCAGAAGACUGUGAUAGUCCGUCUUCUUUAUUCAAAUAUGAACAAAAAUCGAAUCGGUCGUAUGUACCAAAGACAGGGUUUGCAUACCAUUGGUGCCUAAAGUUGAAUAAAUCGCGAAUUUGUUUCUAAGUGAUUGAUUUAUCACAGCAGAUUUUAGAGGAUAUUUAUAGGCAUAACUCGUCAAUUUAUACAUAUAUAUAUAAAUAUAUAUAUAUUUUUAAUGUUACAUGAUUUUUCAACGCUAUACUAGCGUCAAGAUACUUGGUGAUGCCGCUAAAUUAUUUAUGUCUCAUCAUUUUAAUAUGUGUGUUAUAUCUCGUUGAUAGAUGACUCGAUAUGUGAUUGUUAUUACAAUAAUUUUACAAUGAACUCAUUACAGAAUGUGAGCUGCACAGCGAGCUUCUCAAUUCGAUUUCGACUUUUAUGCUUUUUUCUAUAUGUAUAGAUUUUAAUUUAGAAAUUAGAAAUUAAAUUUAAACUUAUACUCUUCUUCCAAGCUCGCUUUUCUAAAAAAAGAAACAUGUAUUUUAUAUUAUUUCUUAAUUAUUGAAUAUAUGUUUAGUAUGUGCUCGCGAUAUAUUAAAUAUAUUUAAUAUGUCCAGUCGUAAUAAGAACUCUUUGUUACUGAUGUAAUUUAAAGAAAAAAGUGUAAAUUGAAAAAGCCUUGCUGAUGAAAAAAGUAUGCUGUUAAUUUUUUAAAGAAAUAAUUUUUAAGGAUAAACUUUGCUUUCGUUCACUAAGAUAUUCUCAUUGAGAGAUUGUACAUUUAUAUUUCUAAAAACAAAUAAAUAAUUUAUCUGAUGAAGAAAAAGAAAGGGCCAUGUGCAACCAGUGUUCCCUAAUAAUUAACAGAUUUAAAAAAUGUUUUACUUUUUUCAAAAAUAUUUGUACAUUAAUUAAAAACAUGUUAUAAUAUAUCAUUGUGGCAAAUUUUAUAAAACAUUAUUAUCAUCUAAAGUAAAAAUUUUUUAUUAAUUUUUUCUAAUAAUUUUAUUAAAACAUACCCAAUAAAUAUUGAUAAGUUUAUUGAAUUAGAGUUAAAUUGAUUUUUGUGACUCAUGGAACACUGGGUAAUGCAAUUGUAUCAAAUUUAUAGCAAUGUAUAUGGAUAACGAUAUAUAUCGUUAUACAAUUUAUAUAUAUAAAAUUAUUUUAUGUAAUUUGCUUAAAUAAUUAAAUGUUUUUAUCAGUCGAUACGUUACAUUGAUUGUAAAUGAUGAGCAGAUAAUAUUAAUAGCACAAAAAUUGACGACUUCAAACACGAGCAAUAUACUUCCUAUUUUUAUGUGUCCUAAUAUCUAAUACAUAUAUAUAUAUACAUGUAUAUACAUAAUACAAAUUAUAUUAUCAUAUACAGUAGUACUCUCCGUUUAUCCGCAUACCAUUUAUACAAAUAAAUUCGUGCUUACACAGUUUAAAAUAUACGAAUAUUAAAAUAUACGAAACUCAUAGUUGACUUCGAUAUUUCGGAUAAUAAGUGUUCGACGCGUUUUUUUAAAUAUUGGUUCCUAUUACUAAAAUUAAUAAGUACUGGUAAAGGGAAGAACUAAUGAACCUUAGAACUGUUCUAUUCUCAUAUUUGAAUAAGUGGAAUUUAAUGUAAUAUUAUAUACAUAAUUCUAUUUGGUAUUAUAUGUAUAUGUAUAUAUAUGUAUAUGUAAACUUAAACUAUUUUUAUAUCCGCUGUGUUUGUUAAGUUUCCAAGGACCAAAAUAAUUUAAACUACAAAAUAAUAAGAAACACCGUAAUGUCUCUUUAGGCAUAAUUAACAGUAUACUAAUUUCAAAGAUCGUACGCGAGUUUAUUACGUUGAUGCGGAUUGUUAAGGAAAGACGUAAAAUUGGUAGCAACUUUAUUGAGGUCUCCCACUAAAGCUACCAUAAUCCUUCUAGCGCGGUAAUCGUUACGAUUAAAGUUUCGUCUAGUUGUGUCGUCACCCGAAUGUUAAAUAAAUUAUAUUAAAUACUCUUAGAGCACCCCGAAUGUGCGGGGCGAAAAACCGUGUAAAGCUACUCGAAUGAUAAUAUUAAGUUAUCGCGGUUUUGACACUUGUUAUUAUUAAAGAAAAAAGAGAAAGAGCCAUACUUCUUUUCCAGGAUUAUAUAUAGCAUUUUGAAAGAGAUAUGAAUGCAGGAACUUUUUAGUAGAUGCAAUAAGAAAAAAAAGAAUAAACAGAUUUUUAUAAAUACA